AUGGCUUCUGUAAUUCUUCUUUUUCUUCUCACUCUUUCAUCCCCUCUCUUCUUUGGCCAAACACUCAAGCCCGUAGAGGCAGGAGACAAACUAAUUGAAAGUGCAUGCCACACUGCUGAGGUACCAGUAGUAUGCAUGCAGUGUGUAAAAUCUGACGAGCGUUCGGGGAAAGCCGAUGCGGUAGGGAUUGCCAACAUCAUCAUCGACUGUUUGAUGAGCCACUCUAGCUACUUGGCAAGCAACAUGUCGAAUUUAGCUUCUAAUCCUGAACACAAUGCCACAAAAUCAGCCUAUGAACAUUGCUUCCUGCACUGUUCUGAUGCAAAGACGGCGCUCAAUUCAGCAGCUUUGGAGCUAAAGAAUGGCAGCUAUGAUAGCGCUGAACUGUCCUUGCGCGAAGCAGCGCUAUAUCAAGGCACAUGCCGAUAUGAGUUUGUGAGUUCAAACGAGACUUAUGUGCCGCCUAAUGUUUACUAUGAUCUGAAGGUCUUUGAUAUACUAACUGUGGCUGCCUUCAGAAUUAUAGAGAAACUCUGA